AUGCCUACUCUCGAGCUUCACAACGGCUAUCCGCUCUGGAAAUACAUUCCGAAUCGCCCUGCCGCUGUCGCCUUUAUCGUUCUUUUCGCAUUCGCGACCGCCUAUCACAGCUUCCUCCUGUUCAGGCACCGGCACUGGUUCUGUCUGCCUUUUGCCAUUGGCUGUCUCUUCGAAACAAUUGGCUAUGUCGGACGGUGUAUCGCAUACGACCAGACGGGCGAGAUGAUUCCCUACAUGAUCCAGUCCAUCCUCCUGCUGCUGGCCCCCAUUCUCUUCGCAGCAUCGCUGUACAUGACACUGAGUCGCGUUGUCAGCGCGGUAGACGGUGAGAAAUACACCCUUAUUCGCGCGAAAUGGAUCACCGCCAUCUUCGUCACGGGCGACGUUGUCAGCUUCGCGAUCCAAGGCGGCGGGGCGGGAAUUCUCGUCAUGGCCGACACGCCGAGCCUCCAUAGCGUGGGCCAAAACAUCAUUAUUGGCGGCCUCGUCUUUCAGAUUAUUGUCUUUGGAGUUUUCUGUGCCGUCGCACUUUCUUUCCAUCUUCGCUUCACCCGCCACGGGCUCGUCAACUGUUAUCUUGGGAUUCCCUGGCAGGCGGUCCUUGUCAUGCUUUACGCGACCUCUGGGCUGAUUACGGUGCGAAACCUGUUUCGAACGAUCGAAUACGCCAUGGGCCAGGAGGGGUAUCUUCUCACCCACGAGUGGUGCGUCUACGUUUUUGACGCGACGCUCAUGUUCCUGGCCGUGGUUUUCUUUGCUUAUAAAUACCCGAACAUACUUUAUCCCAAGAAACAAUCGGGCAUGGCGAUGGAGAUGUUGACUUCUGAGGACCGAUCGAGGGGGGAUGACGGCAAGUCAUCGGUUUAA